GGAUUACUAACGUGACCCACUAUCGUGUCAUCAGAUCAGAUCACAGCGACAAUGGACUCUGUGAGGGUGAUUGUCUGCGUCCUGGCCCUGGUCGUCUGCGUUUCUGCGGGCUACAAUCACUCUUGUCCGAAAGUACCGGACAUCCAGACCAGUUUUGUAGCCACUCAGUUUAACUUGAACAAGUUUCAGGGAAUAUGGUACGAGCUUGCAUACCACGAUUACACUCAGCCUAUAGGCAGGUGUCGCUGUCAACGCGCCAACAAAGUUUACAAACCAGAGGAAGGGAAGCUGUACGACUACUUUAGCCUUUACUGUGUUAACCACACUUACGUGAACAACCUGUCUUUCAAGAUCACCAAUGUCACUGGUUACUUCGAGGGACACUGGCCCAUCUUGCCUUCUGUCGUGUUUCCCGACACGGUGGUGGCGCUCCAAGUGGGCAAAGAUGGGAAUUAUGAGUGGGUGAUCGAGUUCCAAUGUGUUGAGGUGCUGGGAAGAAUCGAUUUCGUGGGCAUCAACUUCUAUCACAGGCGUAACAACGUGACUAAAGACGAGUUGGAGGGCAUGUUUAAGGUUGCUAGACAACAAGGAUUGGGAGAGUAUAUGGACUAUGGACCAAAAGUGACCAUUGUGGACCAUAGAAACUGUGUUUAUCCUAAGUAGGACUUUUAACUGGAUUUGUUUUUCCAAAUG